AUGGCGACAGAAAAGAGCGACGGAGAGCGGGAAGAACCAGACUAUCCGUUCCGAGCGGGGCACAUCACCGUAUCCUAUCCACCCGGGCCGGCGAACGAGUACACCCUGGGCUGUCUCCUCCCGGCAAUCGAGCAUGGACUGCCCGAGUGGACCAUCCUGGUGGAUCACACGACCUCCGAUCUCGGCCCAGCCGGCCGACUCGGCUCGGUACAGUGGUCAGACUACGACCACAUCGAGUGGGCUGCCCUCAAGGCCUUCCCUCACCAGACCCUCUUCAACGCCUAUCCGAUCAGAAAGGCAUUGAUACGGAAAAACUACUUGAUCAAGGCCGUCGAAGCUUAUGCUGUCAAGAAUAAACAUCUGGACCAAGACGACGAAGCCGGUCUGCAGGCGAUCCCGAUCCCCAAGUCGUAUCCGUUCACGCUCUCGUUCUCGGACGAGUUGGACGAGCUCUGGGCCGACGAGCUGUACGAGCUGGCGGGCGAGUUGAGCAGCAACGAACUCACCGACAACGAUGAUCCGCACCCAAAGCUUUGGAUCCUCAAGCCCGCCCUCGCCGAUAAAGCCCAGGGCAUUCGGCUCUUUCGGUCCCGGGAAGAGCUCUACGAAAUUUUCUCCGAGUUCGAAAGGCUCGAGGAUCUGCUGGAAGAACAGUCUCAAGAACCGGAUGAUCAGCAACAAGCGGACCAGGAAGCCAAGGUCGAACAACAUCAGACAUGGGUCUCGGUUUCUCAAAUGCGAGACUGGAUCAUUCAGGAAUACAUCUCUAAUCCGCUCUUGAUCGACCCUACGAAACCGGAAACUUACUCUACCGAUAGCUCGCUCGAUCGCUCUUCUUUCCAUAAACAUCAUCUAAGAGUUUACGUUUUGGCUGUUGGCGCCCUAAGCCUCUACGUCUACGAAGAUAUCCUUUCGCUCUUCUCAUCGAAAGCCUACACGCUCGACGAUCUGAACGAUUUGGGGGUCCACCUGACCAACACGUGUUUACAGGAAAGUUUGUCCGGAGGAGGAGGAGGAAGAGGGUCGACGGGGGAACGGCCCCAGGUGACGGUCUCGAUCGACAACCAUCCGGUACAGGUGCUCGACCAGAUCGACGCCAUCCUCGCCAACCUCUUCGGCUUCGUCGCGCAGAACGACCCGAUCAACUUUCAGCUCAACCCUAAUUGCUUCGAAAUCUUCGGGAUCGACUUCUUGGUCGACCACAACUUGAAAGUCUGGCUCUUGGAAAUCAACGCCGGACCGGAUUUUGGUCAAACGGGACACGACCUGAAGCCGACUAUAGAAAAACUUUUUACGAGUACGAUCAAUGUCCUAAAGUCUGAAAUCUCUCUCCUCCGUGAACCCUCCACAACAGCAGACCACGAAUCCCGGAAAGCAACAGACCCGUCGCCCCCACGUCCCGUUCCUUCUAAGACGAAAACAGACGCUUGCCACCGUUCGAACAUCCCCCCUCGUCUUCGAUACCCUCAGCAUUUCCUCCCGUUUCGUAAAGUCUUGGAGCUCCAAACCAACGUCUCCUUUCGCUGA